UUUACUGCCAGUCCUGUCACAGUUGCUGUUUACUUCGCGCCGUCGUCGACUGUGACCUGAAAAGACAGCAAAGUCAGCAGCUAAAUUUUCUGACUUAAAGCUAGCUGACAUUUCUGCUGCGGCCGAUUGACAUUAGCACAAGUAAAUAGUAAUGGUAAGAUGGUGUACUGCUUUAAGGUUAUCUUGUAUACCUACGACUUCCAUUUCUCAGUCUAAAGGCACUAAAUUAAAAUGUUAAAUUUGAAUGCUAAGUUACGACUAAUCGAGCUUGUUGGUCAGGGGUUCACUUUAGCCAGCUAGGCUAGCUUAGUUGCGAUUUAGCAUAUCGUUUCUGUCAACAUAACGGCGGAGUGAAGCAGUCUCAGAGUAGUGACAGCAGUGUCAAAUUUGCCCCAUCUCUUUGAAUAUAAGUCAGUUCAAAGGUAGCGGUAAUGGUGAGGAAAAACUCCAGAAAUGUUGGGAAGUACACAAUGACACGCAAGUCCAAGCAGUACAAAAGGACUCCCGGUCGGCCCCUUGCGGCCAGAACCAUCGUGACCCGCAAUCAGCGUCACAUCAGCGGCAGCUUCUUCUACAGGCUCCCGUCGGAGGUGUUCGACAUGAUCCUGGAUAAGAUGACUGUGCUGGAGAUCAGUGUGCUCAGCAUGGUCUCCAAGGACUUCACUAGACACGUUGUGAACUACAUCUCCACGCUGGUCUGGAAGAAUAAAAUGAUCGCUGAUAGCUUUCACUGCUGCACCUGCCUUGAACAGAGAUCCACUAUUGGACGCUACAGAGAUCUGGGUCUGUUGUUCAAGAGAUGCACCCUGUUGCUACCAACAAAGGACAGGUUAAAGUUUAUCUUUAGCAAGUUUUCAGAGAUUCCCUGCUUCAUGUUAGAGCAAUGUUUAUUACCAGACUGUAUUGCUUUCUCCAGCUAUGGAGUCUUCCUCAAGACACUGAUCGCAGGGUGGGAUGAGCUGGAGUGCCAAAGAGUGUUCAGCUUCCUGUGUGACAUCACAAAUCUGCCUCAGAAAGUCGAGGCAGUCAUCACCGGAAAACCAGGGGUAAGGUGGUACCAGGAGCUGCAGGUCCGCCUGUUCUGCCGUAAGGUUCUGUUGGACCCGUGGCUAAACCAGCCAGAAUGCCAGUUCUGGCUAACACUACUCCUGAAGCCUUGGCCCAUGGUCAGCCAGGCACACUUAAUGUUCAUCCUCUACGGACCUCUGCUUCCUGGGGGCACCCUCGGUUGGCAGGAUCUGGUGGAGAGGGAGCUGCCUCACAGCACGCUGUGGGACCUGGCAAGGGCCAUCCUUAUGCUUUUCAGCAAACUAGAAGUCAAAGACCGGGCCAGCCAUUCAAUGCUGACAAUCUUGGAGGAGCUCAUUGUCAUUCCCCAGCCAUGGCAUGUGGAGAAUGUGGCUCGUCUUUUGGUGCUGUGUGGCAGCAGUCUCUGUUACACCUUUCUAGCCAGCAAGGCAGUCAACGGGCGGCUUAACGAGAUCUCCAGGCUCAUUGUGUACAUCAUACUGGUGUGUGAGAAGGAUGGUUAUCACAUGACCUGGGCGGUGAAGUUGGUGCAGCAGAUCUGCAAGUCGUUCAGCACGGCUCCUGAAAAGUUCCGCUUCGUUCAGCAACUGGAGAACAUGUUCUCCGAGGUCAUCAGGGAGAUUUUUGAGUUUUCUGUUGCAGGAAACCAUCUUGAAGAGACUUUCCAGACCCUGUGUGUCCUCCUGUCCUCCAGCGCCCGCUUCCAUGCUAAGUUCCUCCACAUGUUCCUCAAAUAGGAAUGACAGGAUGUGGAGGAGAGGAGGAGGUGCUGGGGAGAAACAAACAGCAAUAAUGAAGGAGAGUAACUAAAGAUACGAUGGAUCUUUGCAUCAGUGCUAAGAUGAAACAGGA